AUGCUUCAGUUUUUAGACAGCAUCGAAUCGGAGGUCUACGCCCUCACCAAGUUCGAAUCAUUUCUAUCAUUUAACAAUCUCCGCACAGUAUUCUUCUAUGCCAACAACGAGACCACCAGUGAACUUCAUGCCGCCCAAGGAGCUCGAAGAAGCCUACUAUCGGACAGUGCUGCAUGGACAAGCCAAACCUUGAACCUACCCGGAUACUGCGAGUCCCAGUCCGACAUCCAUUACUGCGACAUCGAGUCUGCCAACUUCAGCCCGUCAACUUGGCCCAGCGAUCUGGUGCCUGUUUGUGACUUUGCUCACCCAGACAAGGCUACGGGGAUGAUCAAGCUCGCCAAUACCCACGUACGGGCUAAUUUGUAUCUUCUCAAUGUCAACCAUGGGGUUACUGACGGCUAUGGCUAUUUCGAGUUUUUCAACUGCUGGGCGGACCAGACGCGUGCAAUGGUCGCUGGUGUUCCUGCGGAAACGACCAGAUUCUGCUUUGACCGAUCGGCUAUUCGCCAAUAUCUCCCCAAUGAGCGCCUGCCGCUGGAGGAUACACUCUUCAGGGCCUAUACCCGAAAGCUCCUAAUAGCAGACAAGCUUGUCGGGCUCCCACCUAAUACCCGCGGGAAACUCCUCAGCUACAUUGAGAGAAAAACCCCCAAUCGCGGCCAUCUGUUCCGUAUUUCGCGCGACAAACUCGACGACCUUCGCAGCCAGGUGCUUGCAUGCAUGCCACCUGGCUCACGCGUAUCUUCAAACGACCUUUUGACCGCAAUUGGCAGCAAACGGAGGGCAAAGGCAAAGAAUCCAGGGUGGCUCUCAAGGCUUACUAAGGCCAAAGCAAGGAUUGAAGGUGAACAUUGCGUAUCUGUAGCCUGUGACCUUCGCGGCCGCCUUGGAAUGACGGAUAUGAACUAUUUCGGAAACCCUGCUUUGGACCCGAUCACUCCCCAGACGCUUGCCGACACAGUUGGCCAAAUCCGCGACACACUAUCGAACGUAACACCUCCGUACAUUGGGUCAUUCAUCGACCUCCUCGAGUCCGAUGACUUCAGUACAGGAGCACUCAUUGCAACCAUGAUGAAGUACAAACUUGUUACAAUAACAACUAACAUGUCCCAGGCUAGGAUGUACAAUGCAGAUUUCGGCAGUGGUGUGCAGGCGUUUUCAACUUCACACCCAACAUACCCAGCAGCGAAUUUUCUUAUUCUACCGUCGCCACCACCCAGCAAGGACUUUCUUGUCAACUUUACAACCUCAGCCUCUGAAAUGAAGUCUAUCCUCAAAAACGAGUUUUGGAGCGACUUUGCAUCCUUGGUAUACUGAUUAAUAAGAUGCUUUUACAAGUUUUA